UCGCGAGAGUUUGCGGCCGGCAUUGAAAUUGAGCACCAACGUGAAGCGGUCGUCCGCACUUGUCUGCUGUUUCCCGGAAGGUUGCUCUGCGACCAGCGUAUCGCCUCCUGACCGGCUCGGGCUACCGGCACCAUGCUCUUCUACUCCUUCUUCAAGUCACUAGUGGGGAAGGAUGUCGUAGUGGAGCUAAAGAAUGACUUGAGUAUCUGUGGUACGUUGCACUCUGUUGAUCAGUAUCUGAACAUCAAACUAACAGACAUCAGCGUGACGGACCCGGAGAAGUACCCUCACAUGCUGUCUGUGAAGAACUGUUUCAUCCGCGGCUCUGUGGUCCGCUAUGUCCAGCUUCCUGCUGAUGAGGUGGACACUCAGUUACUGCAAGAUGCAGCAAGGAAGGAGGCCGUUCAGCAGAAACAGUGACCCGUGUGUGCUCCGGCUUCCCUACUGGACACUUGAUUCCUCUUCCCUGGUGUUUACAUUUUGGACAGGCACUUGGACUACACAAAAUAAAAAUUCUAGAAUUAAGUACCCUUUCCUUCAAUGGAAGAUGCAUCUUCAGAAUUUCAUAAUCUUGUGUUUACAGUGUAACGCCCUUUUUGUGUUCUGCAAUUUGUCUAUAAUCUACUUUAGCAACAGUGACCCCUGCAGGCUACAAAGAGGUAUUUCAUUCAGUCUACAUCUGUAAUGCACUGCUCUCUUGUAGUGCGGUUAUGCCAUAUAGUACAGGCUUGUGUACAUGCGUAUCGCUGUGCCAGCCUACUUUAUCCGUGGACAUUGGUCUAUUAUCCUAUCUGCUCUCUCUUGGGGUAAUGGUCCAAAGGGGCUGUAUCUUAACUGGCUACAGUGGCUAUAUACAGCGAUACCUGUUCUUGCCUUCCUUUUCCAAAUUCUGCCAGACAGUUGCCGUAUAACAGGCCUGGCCAACCUGUGGCUCUCCAGCUGUUGUGAAACUACACAUCCCAUCAUGCUCUGCACCAGUUUUAGCAUUUUGCUACUAGCAAAACUGUAGCAGGUCAUGCUGGGACUUGUAGUUUUACAACAACUGGAAAGUCGCAGGUUGGCCAGGCCUGAUGUAUAAAGAUGUGAGAAUCAUUUGUUAGAGGGGGGAGGGGGGGAAGAUGAGGUCGGCACUUCUGCAGGAAGAGGACUUUCCUGCAGUGGUGAAUUGUAAGAAUGACUCAUUUUGUUAAAAGGAUAAUUUUCUGUACAGUUAUCAUUGAUUGUUUUCCUUAUAUGGGAAGGAAACGCCCACAUUUAUGUAGGUUCUGUUUUUAUGGUUAUAAAUAAAACCCUUUUGAGGUCUCA